UCCAAGAUGUGCCUGCGAAGGGAGGAUUUCACUGUGCAUUCACUUUGUUUUUCCUGCUGGGACAAAAUAUUACUCCCCGCGGUGUAAUAAUUACUCUGAUGUUCACAGCCAGUAUCAGGCCUGAGAGGUUCCACCCGCCGCAGGCAGCUCCCGGUGAAUGACAGGAGGGGAGCCCGUGCGCCCGCUGCUGAUGCGGUUGGUAGAGCGAUGUCCCUCCGCCAAUGAGAGCGGUGCUGCGCUACGCCACGCCGGGCGCGGGUCACCCAGCCGUUAGGGCCGUUGGUGGGCAGCGCGAGCGAGCGGAGUCAGUCAGGCAGACCGGCCCGAGCUGGGGGCGCGCGUGACGCCCGCGCGUUCGAUUUGAAUCUCGAGCGGCGGCGGCGGCGGCGCAGUGGCGCAGUCACGGUGGAGGAGAGAGAGAGAGCGAGGGAGGUAGAGGGUUCGUCUUGCACCGACUUCCAUCCGUGCAGGAGAGCAUUUACAAAGUCAACGAAUCAGAUGAGCGUGAGGAAGGGCUGCGCUGUGAUCUAUCGGUGACUUGUACCUUUCUUUAGCCCCGACACCCCAGCCUGAACCGGGUCUUGUUUCUGGUCAUCACAUCUCCGCAACCUCCACGUUUGUUAUCCUCCCCAAAACCCUCCUGGUCAUUCCGGCCCAGCCUGAUGGCUGUGGGGAAGAAGCCGUUCCUGAACCUGGACGUUAGUCUUCAGGCUCCUGUACCUUCUUCCUGAUGGCAGUGGUGAGGAUUUCAGUACAUCCUUGUGCUUUCAAGUUAAAACAGCAGAAUGAAUAAAUCAGACUCCCAAGUAACUGAAGGGGGACUCAACGUCACUCUUACUAUCCGUCUACUAAUGCAUGGAAAGGAAGUUGGAAGCAUCAUUGGAAAGAAAGGGGAGACGGUGAAAAAGAUGAGGGAGGAGAGUUGUGCAAGAAUCAACAUUUCAGAGGGAUCCUGCCCAGAGCGCAUUGUAACAAUAACAGGCCCAACAGAUGCCAUUUUUAAAGCCUUUUCGAUGAUAGCAAACAAAUUUGAAGAGGACAUAAGUGCUUCAAUGACAAACAGUACAGUGGCAAGCAAACCACCUGUGACAUUACGCCUGGUUGUUCCAGCAAGUCAAUGUGGCUCUCUCAUUGGGAAAGGAGGUUCAAAAAUCAAAGAAAUACGCGAGACCACAGGAGCCCAGGUACAGGUAGCAGGUGAUAUGCUUCCAAACUCCACAGAACGAGCAGUUACUAUUUCUGGCACACCAGACGCCAUCAUUCUAUGUGUAAAACAGAUCUGUGUGGUGAUGCUAGAGUCCCCACCCAAGGGCGCCACAAUUCCCUAUCGCCCAAAGCCUGCCUCUGCACCCGUCAUUUUUGCAGGUGGCCAGGUAAGAGCAGACAACAUUUUGGCUUCUGCAGGAAACCACAGCAUCUUGGCCCACCAUCAGCCAGCACCUGCAUAUGCAGUUCAGGGACAGUUUGCAAUUCCUCAUCCAGACUUGACCAAGCUUCACCAGUUGGCUAUGCAACAUACCCCUUUUACUCCCCUUGGGCAGACUACCCCCGGUUUCCCUGCAGGAUUAGAUGCAACAGGUCAGACCAGUUCCCAUGAACUUACUAUUCCAAAUGAUUUAAUUGGAUGCAUUAUUGGCAGACAAGGAACCAAAAUAAAUGAAAUUAGACAGAUGUCUGGAGCACAAAUCAAAAUUGCGAAUGCCAUUGAAGGUUCCACAGAGCGACAGAUUACCAUCACAGGAUCCCCUGCCAACAUUAGCCUGGCACAAUAUCUCAUAAAUGCAAGCUUAGAGAUGGCUAAAGUCAGCGCUCAGACUGCUUCCAUCACCAACCCUGUUGAGCUGAACAUGAACCUCUCUCAGUCUGCUACCCCUACCUCCACCCCCAUCUCUGUGGCUGUUUUGGCAGCAGCAGCAGCUGCCUCUGUGGUUGAUGUGGACCCCCUUUCCCCUUUACCAACGCCCCACUAUUCUGUCUCCAACCUGCUUGGCAUGAAAACUGUCCCAUUUUUGUCGCUUAAUGCCACAGCUGCUGCAGGGACCACAGAGGACAUAACUGCUUACAGUCCCAAAAUUACAUCGGUGAAAUCUGACCGGCAGAAGUUUGCUCCAUAUUGAGCGAUGUGAAUGUAGUUUUGUUGUUCUCUGCCAAGAUCAUGUGGUAGAAGAUAAAUGCUUAGCAAACAUUUUAAACUUUAUUCAUUUUUAAUGUAAUUGUUAACUCAAAAUUGUCUUUCAUCUUCCACUACUAUUAACAAGGUAAUGCAACUUGUUCCAACAGCUUCUGACCUAUUUUAUAAAAUCUUUUCCACCAAUUUAUGAAGAUUUAAUAAAUUAGGAAAAGAUUUAAUGGGAAUCCGAGGGGUAACUUUUUCACACAGGGUGGUGGGUGUAUGGAACAAGCUGCCAGAGGAGGUAGUUGAGGCUGGGACUAUCCA